GAUACUUCGCGAGUUUAGACGCAACACGCGGGUAAAUGUUCCCUUUCAAAAAUAAUAUUGAGAUGCAUUCAAAACCUUUAUAGUCGUCAUUACCGCCGCCUCGGCCGCCAUCGCCGCUGCCCUUUACCAUAAUUUCGAAUUAUUUUCCUUCUUUUAUCUUGUCGUUUUAUUCAAAGGUUACCUACCAGUAUCGCGCUGCAGCACGUUUUGUUUACCAACAAGGUUCGCGUAUAUUAUUUUCCGCGUAUACCAUAGUACGGGUAACCCGUAGUAACUGUUGUUUUUAUUGUGGUUUUAUAUUAUUUUGGAUGUGAAUAAUUAUGGUGAAUUUUUAAUAUGAUCAAACAAAUUCAACAAUUUUAAACAAAAUUAACACAAGUUAAAAAUAAAAUUUAAAACCGGAACAACUUCAGUUAGUGUGUCAAAGAAAACAAGAACGAAUUUUUCAAAAAAAAAAAACUAUUUAUGGAUAUUUUUACACAAAAAACAAUAGUGUGAUUAACGAAAAAACAAUCAAACGAACAUAACAAAAAAUCAAACAACGAUCGUGUAAGAACGUCAAUACAAAAAUGUCUAUAAAAUCUUGAAUAAAAUUAAAGUAAAAGUAUAUAAAAGUGCAUCUAACGUAAUAAUUUCAAAUAUACUCAUAAAUUGGUACCUUCUUCAGCGAAAACCACCUAAAUAGAAAAGCAAACAUACAAAUCUUCCAACAUUCAAUUGCGCGAAGAUUGCAUGCUUGCGCUACUUUAUCGUGUUGGUAUUUUAUAAAUUUGUUCUCAUCUCAAAGUAAAUCAAAUAAAAAGUAUAAUAAAAAAGAAACAUGCACAAUGUUUAUGUGAAGUGCGUUUUGAGUGCAAUUUUUUUAGUAUUUGUUUAGAAAUAAUAAAAUAUGAGUGAAACUGGUUGUUCUAGUUUUUUAUCUUCUGCAUAUAAUGAAUUUGACAUGAAUACAUGUCAUCGCCGUCACCGUUAAUCUCCCCCACAUUCAGCGAAAACGUAGACAUAAUAUAUUAAAGAAAUAUUUUCACUGUCGCGGUCAACUUUCUUUGUUGAACCUAUUAAUAAAUAUUAUAAUCCGCGAUUUAACAUUAAUUUAAAACUAUAAACAAAAUUUAAAUCCGUGGGAUAUUUGUAUUUAAAUAAAUUCUUCAUCAUCAACGUCACGUUGUAUAUAUUGGGCGAAAAUAUAUAACUCAGCGAAAAAUGGAUACAUCAACAAAUUCGGAUAACAGUUCAGAUCAACUGUCAUUUUGUUUUAUACGGGGAUCUGAUCCUCGAGCAGCAACAUGCCGGGGUAAACUACAAACUCGUCGUUGUAAAUUAAAUCAAGAAAUUAACAAAGAGCUUCGAUUACGUGCUGGAGCCGAAAAUCUAUUUAAGGCUACCACAAAUCGAAAACUUCGCGACACAGUUGCCCUCGAACUUAGCUUUGUGAAUUCCAACCUUCAACUUCUGAAGGAACAAUUAGCCGAGCUAAAUUCAUCCGUUGAAAUAUACCAAAAUGAUAGUCAAGACGGUGUAAUGCCAAUGAUACCACUCGGACUAAAAGAAACAAAAGAAAUAAACUUUUUAGAGCCAUUCUCGGAUUUUAUAUUGGAGCACUACAGUGAGGAGCCCUCGAUAUAUACCGAUGCAAUUGCUGAUAUCACCGAUACCCGACAGGCUUCAAAAACACCAUCAAGAGACUUGCAGGGUGUUGCUUUGCUCUUUCGCUACUACAAUCUUCUGUACUAUGUCGAAAGGAGAUUCUUUCCACCAGAUCGAAAUUUGGGAGUCUAUUUCGAGUGGUAUGAUUCACUCACAGGAGUACCAUCAUGUCAGCGAACCAUAGCCUUUGAGAAAGCCUGCACACUUUUCAAUUUAGGAGCAAUUUACACACAAAUCGGAGCCCGCCAUGAUCGAACAACAGAAAAGGGACUCGAUGCAGCUGUUGAUAGUUUCUUGAGGGCAGCAGGGAUAUUUCGUCACAUCUAUGACACAUUCACAAAUGCUCCUUCAAUGGAUCUGAAACCACAGGUGCUGGACGUUUUGGUUUCACUGAUGCUAGCCCAAGCUCGUGAAUGUCUCUUCGAGAAGCUUCAACUCCAAAUCGAGUCACUAUUACUCACCGAAUCAAGUCAUCUUUUUAAAGAUCUAGCCGGUGAGGCAGCACAACUUACAAUGGAAUACAACGAGAUGCACAAGAAUAUUCAACUGAACGAUACCCACACGUAUUUGCCCGAAUGUUGGGCUGGUUUGGUGCCCCUGAAAGCAGAAUAUUACAAAGCAUUGUCACAUCAUUAUGAGUCGCGGAGUAUUGAUGCAAAUGCUGACAGCACAUCAUCACAUGGAACCAGUGGGAAGCGAAGCCAGACCACCGUGGAAUCGUUUAUUGGCAAUGCGGAGGAGGAUGCUACAAGUAGCAGCAUCUAUGAGGAUGGUGGGUGUGCGAGUGCCUUGAAACGGGCACACCUCAAAGAAUCAUUAGCUAGUCAUGAGGAGGCACAGAGACUGCAACGUAUGUGUCGGUAUUUAAAGAACAAAACAUCACUAACGCAGGUGCUAAAAGAAGCUCACUAUAAAACCCAAGACGAAUACGAAAAGUAUACAGAGGAAAGAGUUACAAAGGACAUUGAUGAAGACUUUGAUUUGAUCGACGUCAUUGUUGAUGCUUGUUCUAAAUUCACCCUCACUCUAACCGGACCUGACUUCACAUCGUACAAAGUUGACGAUCCCUUCAAACGGCUAGGACCGAUUGCAAUUUUCUCUGCGAGACGACAUUGGACCGCCCCAAGAUGUGUGCGGCUUCAAAAGGGUUCUACUUUGUACCGAAACGGAAAUGCCUAUCAUUGUCAUUGUCCGGCCACAGAUCAGCAUGAGAUCGGUUGUAGUUUGUACAAAGACGAUGUCGACAGCUUUGGAUUCCAUGUGAGGGGAGAUGCACCAGUGAUUAUUGCCCAUGUCGAGAUGAACUCUCUAGCGGAUCUUGGAGGAAUUAAAGAAGGUGACUUUAUUGUCGAAGUCUCUGGAAUCGAUGUUAAAUGGUACUCACAUCAGCAAGUUGUCCACGCAAUUCAGGCUGCUGGUUCAACUUUGGAAUUGAAAGUCAUCACACCAAUGGACAGAAAUUAUCUUAAGCCAUUAUCAUCGAAAGGAUCUAUAUCCACACUAUCAGCAGCUAGUUCGUCGGGAGUCUCAUCGGGCUCAUCGAGUCCCACUGGAACAACAAGUUCAAAACCAAAACUUCGAUGUAAAACACCGAAAAAUCGCCUGGGAAGCAUCUCGUCAAGUUCGUGGAAUCCUUUUAGACGAACUCAUAGCUUGGGUAAAAUAUUUUAGCACAAAAGCUCAAACUUAAAGUGCGGAUGUGAAUUUUUACAGUGGCCAUUCUUCUUUCAGUUGGAUUAUUUCUUAUCAAACAGACAACCUAAAAAUGUUUUCUUACCCUACUCUACUCUCCAACUCUCUCCUUCGCCUUCCUGAUAUAAAUCUCCCUUCUGUACAAAAUAUAUUUUAUCUUUUUAUAAGUUAAGUAAUGUUCGAUUUAUAAUAAUUAUGUAUGCAGGUACAUUUAUAAUUAAAAUUAUUAUAUUUUUUUAUAAUUUGUUAACUAUAUUUUCUGUUUGCAUGUUUAAAAAACAAAAAAAUUGAGUUUUUAUUUGUUUUAUUUUCGUUUAUUUUCCAUACGUUGGAAAAUUUUAAAAUUGUAAAAUAUCAAGUAACAAAUGUAAACUUAGAUUAAGGCGGGCUUCCGUGGAAAGAAAAUUUUCAAAAAGUGUCUUAAUGAAUAAAAAGACAACAAACAAAAUAAAUUUGUAACGAUUAAAAAACACAAAACUGUAUAUUUCAAAUAUUUUUGUAAUCUGGACAAAUAAAAAAGAAACUAAUAUGUCGCCAUUUUUAUAAGAGAAAAGUUAAAUUAAUAAUAAUUAUUUUAUUUGUAUUGUAAUACUAUGUGAAUAAUAAUAAAAUAUUUUAUAUGAUAAACAAAA